AUGUUCCUCCUGGUGUUUGUUUGCAUUCCGCGAAUAACUACUUGUUGGCAGUUCGCAACCGCGAACCUACCGGAACACGUUUUUAUUUGGAAAUUCGCUGUUUGGCGAAAUCGUGCCUUCCUGGCGAUUCCGAGAUGGCAACAAAAUGACACUUUGGAAAACACGAGGACACUUUUCGAAGCAAUUUGGCCGGAAUCGAGUUUUCCACUGGUGAAAACUAGCAAAGUAUUCUCCGCUUUGCAUAAUAAACGCAUAAACGAUGGCUGUUUUCGAACAGUCGUCGAAUUGGAUAUUGAUAUUCGAGGGCGUUUAUGGUUGCUGCAAGUGCCGGACAAAUCCGAUUGUUCAGCCAGGAUCGUAAUUUACAAUUUGAAAAGAAACAACCAAUUGGUAUCUUCGACUGAUCUAACCAAAGUUCCAGUGAAAAACUUGAGAUCCCUAGUGGUUGAUUCCUCAGGAUAUAGAGGAUACGUAGGAGAUCCUGGAGACGAAUCAAUUAUAGCAUUCGUACCAGAGAAAGAAAGAUGGUGGAGAAUAAGGAUGAUUCGCGGACCGGAAGUACCGCGUGUCUUCAGCACCGAUUUAGCCAUUUCUAAGAAAAACUCUGUGUUGUACGUGACAGGAUCUGAAACUCUCGAUUUGUUCAGUGUAAAUCUGGAAGAAAUGUGGAACGAACGGAAUAGCUAUCCUUGCAGCGAUGUACGUAGUAAUUACCCAAUUUAUCUCCAAAAAUGGCGAAAUGUAACGGUUGUCUGGCACGGUACCAAAAUGGGCGCCUCCUCCGGGCUUUUCUGUGACGUCAACGAUGGUCUCCACUAUUUCAUGUCCUCGGAGAGAGCCAGCGUCCGUUGGGACACGAAACUUCCGCUAAAAGCCGAGAGUCACACGGUGCUUGUGCAGAAUGAAAAUUGCCCUUGUAUAAGCGAUUACGCGAUGGAUGGUCAGAAGAAUUUAUGGGGUCUGGUAAAUACACGGUGUCCAUUUGAUACGAAUCAUUCGUUAUCGGAAAUUCAUCUUAAAUCGAGGACUGUUAAAAUUGGAAAAUAUUCGUCUUUGUGA